AUGGACUGUUCUUUGGGAUUCGAUAUUGAAUUGGGCCGUCACCAAUUGGUGGAAGGUUGUACGCCUGUAUCCUGGAAUCGGAAUGGCAGCGACCUUUCGAGAAAACCACGUUGUCCAACCCAUCGAAUCGUUUACGCAGAUGGCGCUUGGGCGCAGACGUCAAAACUAGGUUGUGCGAUAGCCGAGUGCUCGACCGACUAUGUGGUCAUCUGUCGCUAUUCUCCGAGGGGCAAUAAUGUUGGGGAAAGUGUUUACAAAGUUGGAGAACCUUGUUCGGCUUGUCUCGGCAGCUGCGACGCAGGCCAGGGAUUGUGCGAAGGUGAAUGA